CGUCCUCCAGUGUUUGCUGCGGACAGUUGAUGCAUCAGCUUCGUAGCUGACGCCACUGACCAGGCAGUGGGCGAUCAGCUGGGACCUGCUUCCCUUUUUCUUGAAACUUGGCUUUUGAGUAGAAGGGGCCCAAGCCGAGAAACGUAGAAUGGGGGCCGGAGCGAGCGCCGAGGAUAAGCACUCCAAAGAGCUGGAGAAGAAGCUGAAGGAGGAUGCCGAAAAGGAUGCCAGAACUGUCAAGCUGCUGCUGCUAGGUGCUGGAGAAUCAGGCAAAAGCACAAUCGUCAAACAGAUGAAAAUUAUCCACCAAGAUGGUUACUCGCUUGAAGAGUCCAUGGAGUUCAUCGUCAUCAUCUACAGCAACACCCUGCAGUCCAUCAUGGCCGUUGUGAAGGCCAUGAGCACAUUCAAUAUCAAUUAUGGCCACUCUGAUCAGCAGGAUGACGCCAGGAAACUCAUGCAUCUUGCAGACACCAUCGAGGAAGGCUCCAUGCCUAAAGAGUUGUCGGACAUCAUUCUGCGCCUGUGGAAGGACACUGGCAUCCAGGCAUGCUUUGAGAGAGCCUCCGAGUACCAACUCAACGACUCCGCUGGAUACUACCUGAGUGACUUGGAGCGGCUGGUCCAGCCAGGCUAUGUGCCCACUGAGCAGGACGUGCUGCGAUCAAGAGUGAAGACCACCGGUAUCAUCGAGACCACGUUUGGCCUCAAAGACCUGAACUUUAGAAUGUUUGAUGUGGGGGGCCAGAGGUCAGAGAGGAAGAAGUGGAUUCAUUGUUUCGAAGGCGUGACCUGUAUCAUCUUCAUUGCUGCUUUGAGCGCCUACGACAUGGUGCUGGUGGAGGAUGAUGAAGUGAAUCGAAUGCACGAGAGUCUGCACUUGUUCAACAGUAUCUGCAACCAUCGCUACUUCAUCGCCACCUCCAUUGUCCUCUUCCUCAACAAGAAAGACGUGUUCCUUGAGAAGAUCAAGAAAGCUCAUCUCAGCAUGUGCUUCCCUGACUACGAUGGACCCAACACCUUCGAGGACGCUGGUAACUACAUCAAGUUGCAGUUUUUGGAUCUGAACAUGCGCAAAGGUAUCAAAGAAAUCUACUCUCACAUGACCUGCGCCACAGACACGGAGAACGUCAAGUUCGUGUUUGACGCUGUAACCGACAUCAUCAUCAAAGAGAACCUGAAGGACUGUGGUCUCUUCUAAGGGGAGAAGCCUGAUGAAGGGUGCUGUUGUGGCCCUGUCACCUUCCACAAAUCUCUCCUCAGUUAUAACUGAGGACCCAAGAUGAAAAACUGUCCCUUAAAAAUGUUCCAUCAGGCCAAUUCAAACAAUUUAUAAAAAAAUCGCUUUUUUGUAGCUUUGACCAACUACAUGAGGUCAGUGGAGACCAGAAGAAUAUCCUGUGCAGACUUCAGUUGAAUUUUUAGUCAAGCUAACUUUUCUCUCGAGUCUCGUUGGCUGUAGUUGAGACAUCAAAAGCUUCUAUCGGCAUAAAAGUGAUUUACUCUCACCUACACUAAUGUGAAUAAAUAGAAGUCGGGCAAACGCAUUGUCUCUUAUGCUUCAUGUAACUUGGUCAGUGUACCGCCAAAAAGGAAACAAAAUGGCCUCACCACCUGCAGACGCACUUCAGCCUCUGUUAGAGAUUCAAAACGUGGAUAGAAACAAACAGGGACGGAUCAAUCGGUAAGAGAAGAGAUAGAAAAUGUAUUUUAGUGCAUUAGCUGAAAGGGCCAUUGUAUAUAACUAGACAGAUUCCUACUGGAUAGAUCGUGAAGUUUGGUGAUAACAUGUCGAAUAUGUAACACUGUUGAAUGGUAGAUGUAAUUUAUUUUAACAUAAAAAGUUCCUGUCUGAAAGUGAACUGGUGAUACAGGGCUGUGACCGUGCGAUCCUGUACAGAACCCAAUGACUGUAAACUCAGAUUAAAUCCAUUAAAGCUUCAGUAUAGAACUGAGUACUUUUCAAUUUUCCAAAAAUAAAAAGCAACACAGCAACGUC